CAACUCAUGUCAUCUUUCCUACUACCAUUCAAAGUCAUGCUCUUCCUCCUACUUGUCUUGCUUCACUCUUCCUCUCUUAUUGCUUCUUCAUCCUCCAUUGCUGCACUUACAAGAGUUAAAGAAGCGGAAACUCUUCUAAAAUGGAAAGCUAGCCUUGAUAACAACACCCAAACUUUGCUCUCUUCUUUGUGGGUUGGAGAUAGCCAUUGUAGCUGGGUUGGAAUUACCUGCGACAAGGCUGAAAGCAUCACCAAUCUAAGCCUUCCAGAUUAUGGGUUGAGAGGUACACUUCAUAGUCUUAACUUUCUUUUCUUCCCUAACCUGAUGAGGCUUAACCUUCGUAACAACUCACUGUAUGGGCCCAUUCCCUCACACAUUGGCAACCUUUCCAAGCUCACUUUCCUUAAAUUGUCAUACAAUAACUUUUCGGGGAAUAUUCCAUCCGAAAUUUGCUUAUUGAAAGGUCUUGAGUUGAUUUCCUUAGCAAGUAAUAAGAUCAGUGGUUCCAUUCCAUUAGAGAUAGGGAGGCUGAGUUCAGUUUCCAAGAUUUAUUUCUUUGAUAACUAUCUACGUGGUUCUAUCCCUACUUCCAUAGGAAACUUGACCAGCUUAUCUGUUCUACACCUCUAUCAAAAUAUGUUUUCUGGAUCGAUACCUCAAGAGAUAGGAAUGCUUAAAUCUCUCAUUGACUUGGAGUUGAGUCAAAAUAAUUUCUCUGGUUCAAUCCCUGCUUCCAUAGGAAACUUGACCAGUCUAUCCACCCUCUACCUUUAUCAAAAUAUGCUUUCUGGGUCGAUACCUCAAGAGAUAGGGAUGCUUAUAUCUCUCACUGACUUUGCGUUGAGUCAAAAUAAUUUCUUUGGUUCAAUCCCUGCUUCCAUAGGAAACUUGACCAGUCUAUCCACCCUCUACCUUUAUCAAAAUAUGUUUUCUGGGUCGAUACCUCAAGAGAUAGGGAUGCUUAAAUCUCUCACUGACUUGGAGUUGAGUCAAAAUAAUUUCUCUGGUUCAAUCCCUGCUUCCAUAGGAAACUUGACCAGUCUAUCCACCCUCUACCUUUAUCAAAAUAUGUUUUCUGGGUCGAUACCUCAAGAGAUAGGGAUGCUUAAAUCUCUCACUGACUUGGAGUUGAGUCAAAAUAAUUUCUUUGGUUCAAUCCCUGCUUCCAUAGGAAACUUGACCAGUCUAUCCACCCUCUACCUUUAUCAAAAUAUGUUUUCUGGGUCAAUACCUCAAGAGAUAGGGAUGCUUAAAUCUCUCACUGACUUGGAGUUGAGUCAAAAUAAUUUCUCUGGGCCAAUUCCUUCAACGCUUGGCAAUCUUACUCAUUUGCAAACAUUCCAAAUAUCGGACAACCAUUUCAGUGGUCCAUUACCCGAGAAUGUAUGCCACGGUGGACAACUCGAAUGGCUUGGGGCUAUGAACAACAAUUUGAGGGGUCCGAUCCCAUCAAGUUUAAGAAACUGCAAAAGCUUAUACAGAGUUAGGCUUGAAGGAAACCAGUUGACAGGAAAUAUUUCAGAAGCUUUCGGUAUAUAUCCUAAUUUGAAUUAUAUUGCAUUAAGCAACAACAAAUUUUAUGGUGAACUGUCGCCAAACUGGGGGCAAUGCCAUAAUUUAACAAGCCUACGAAUCUCCGAUAAUAACAUUUCUGGAAAGAUACCACCUGAGCUGAAGCAUGCAACUCAAUUACACGAACUCGAUGUCUCUUCAAAUCAUCUCAUUGGUGAGAUUCCCAAGGAAUUGGGAGCAUUGACAUUGAUGUACAAACUUUUGCUAAGUGGUAACCAACUUUCAGGCAAAAUUCCACCAGAGAUUGGAGUUCUUUCAAAUCUACAAUAUCUUAACUUGGCAUCAAACAAUUUGAAUGGACCGAUUCCUAAUCAACUUGGAGAGUGCUCAAAGUUAUUGGACCUGAAUUUGAGCAAGAAUAAACUUGGAGAAAGCAUUCCACUUUCAGUAAGCUACAUAAAUGGCCUUCAAAAUCUAGAUUUAAGUUCGAAUUUACUUAUUGGGGAGAUACCACAAGAGCUUGCAAAAUUACUUUCCUUGGAAAAAUUGGACCUUUCUCACAAUAUGCUCAAUGGUUCCAUCCCAACUUCUUUUAAUGAUUUGAAAAGCUUGACUGUUGUGAAUAUAUCUUACAAUCAAUUAGAAGGCCCUAUUCCUAACAUUAAGGCAUUUCAUGAGGCUUCAUUUGAUGCCUUAAGAAACAAUAAGGGACUAUGUGGUAAUGCCACUGGACUAAUGCCUUGUGCUGUCGCUGCUACUAGCAACGGUCAUAGAAAAAGCACCAAAGUCAUCAUUUUCAUUGUGCUUCCACUCUUUGGUAUUCUUCUUUUGCUCUUAAUCAUGGCUGGAAGUUUCCUUGUUCUUUGCCAAAAGAACCAAACCAGAAAAUCCGAGUCAAUCGAGGCACAACUUGGAGAUUUUUUCACAUUGUGGGGAUAUAAUGGAAGAAUACUCUAUGAGAACAUUAUUGAAGCCACUGAAGAUUUCGGCUCCAACAAUUGGAUUGGUUCAGGAGGCUAUGGAGCUGUUUAUAAAGCUUCGCUACCCAUUGGUGAGGUGGUUGCUGUGAAGAAACUUCACCAGUCUGAAGAUAGCAUGAUUUCCAAGAACUUGAAAGCCUUUGAAAGCGAGAUUCAUGCUUUAUCAGAAAUAAGGCACCGUAACAUUGUGACGUUGUAUGGCUUUUGUUCACAUCCAAAGAACUCAUCCUUGGUUUAUGAGUUUGUAGAAAGGGGAAGUUUGAGAAUGGUGUUAAGCAACAAGGACGAGGCAAUCGAGUUGGAUUGGGAGAAAAGGCUAAAUGUUGUAAAAGGAGUGGCCAAUGCCUUGUCUUAUAUGCAUCAUGACCAUAUACCACCUAAAAUUCAUCGAGACAUUUCCAGCAACAAUGUUCUUCUGGAUUUGGACUAUGAGGCUCAUGUCUCAGAUUUUGGCACAGCUAGGCUUUUAAAGCCUAACUCUUCCAAUUGGACCUCACUUGCUGGCACUUUCGGGUACAUAGCUCCAGAGUUGGCUUAUACAAUGAAAAUAGACGAGAGAUGUGAUGUUUACAGUUUUGGGGUGCUAAAUGAAAUACUUAUGGGGAGACAUCCUGGUGAUUUGAUUUCAUGUUUGUCAUUGUCAUCAACAUUAGCAUCGACAUCGACAUCAAUAUCAAUACCAAAUGACAAUCAAUUAAUUUUACUUAAAGAUGUGAUAGACCAACGUAUCUCACCACCAGUAAGGCAAGUUGCAAAGGAUGUUGUCUUUACUACAAAGCUAGCAUUUGCAUGCUUGAAUGGCAAUCCCCAACUUCGACCAACCAUGCGACAAAUUGCUCAAGCCCUUAACUGUCAAUCACUUCCAUUGCCCAAUCCUUUCUCAAUCAUAAAAUUAGGAGAAUUGUGGGAUCAUGAAGUCUACAGCGGCUAA